GCAGAUUCGUCAUAUUGGAUUUUUCUAAUGACUGAUCAUGUUCAGCUUCAAAUUCUUCUAUUAAUAGUCGAUGAUAAUCGAGUACUUUCUCCAAAAAGUCUUAUUGCAUUCGCAAUUCUUUGAUCUUUCCAUUUUUGCAAUAUUUCUUCAUCUAUUAAAGUUAGUUUUGUUGCUUUUCGUUAAUAGCCUCUACCUUUUUUUUCGUCUUUUUCUUUUCCUGCAUAUCUUUAUAGUGUUGCUAUAUAACAACACAUCCUCAGCGGUGAUGUUUGUUCAACCUGCGGAAUCUGCUGUAUCAUGAAACCAAAUACCGUCGAUGGUGUUUUUUUUUCGGUAAAAUAAUUAUAAGCAGCUAACGCAAAUAAAUCACUUGUAGCUGAGAUAAUAUACAGUACCUUCCUCUUGUGAAUUGCUAGUUAAUGACAAACCGCCACUUAUAGUGAACUAAUGCACUACCAAUAAUAGUAAUAUAUUUAUAACGAGCAAUUUUAUCUAUUUCUUUUUGCUUUUCUUCAAUUUAAUUUUUAAUAUCAACUUUUCUCAGAUAAAUUAUUGAGAUUUUCAAUCUAGAACUCAAUUUUUUCUUGAAUAUUUCUCG